AUGGGCUGCAUCUGCACGCCCUUCUCCGCCAUUCUCCUCACUUCUCCUCCACUUUGCCACCGCCUUCCACCGUCGCCUCCACAUUUCGCCGCCGUCGUUCCCUUUCGUCCUAAACAACAAACCCCUUCUAACACUUUUCGCCUUUCAGCUCUUCCUCUGUUAUUCCAAGGCAGUGGCGGAAACAACAACAACAAUAACGGCGGUAGUUGGGGUAACCCCUUUGAUUCCAACGAUUCAGAUUCAAAUUCAAAUUCAAAUUCUCACCACACCCUUUUCGUUUCCCUGCUAUGCUCUUCCGCCGCAUGUUUCUUCUGCCACCUCCUUCUUGUUAAAUUUGCAAAGGCCAAAACCUGGUCUUCCUCCACCGAUAACGAGCUUUUGUCCGAACCCGUUUGGGAAGUCAAAGGUGGCAAGUGGACCAGGCUUGUCCCAGACCCCACCAACGAUCUCUUUGUCUCCGCACAUCCGGGGUUGUUGUCGGAGUUACAAUCCCUCAAGCCUUCACAAUUUGGAACCUUCGUGUGGCUCAAGUGCAGGGACAUCUUCACGCGGUUGAUGCUUCCAGAGGGUUUUCCCGAGAGUGUGACGAGUGAUUACUUGGAGUAUUCUCUGUGGAGAGCAGUUCAGGGUGUAGCUUGCCAAGUUAGUGGGGUGCUCGCAACGCAAUCGUUGCUUUAUGCUGUUGGAUUGGGAAAAGGGGCUAUUCCAACUGCUGCUGCCAUCAAUUGGGUGCUCAAGGAUGGAAUUGGGUACCUCAGCAAGAUCAUGUUGUCAAACUUUGGUCGCCACUUUGAUGUUAAUCCCAAAGGGUGGAGAUUAUUUGCUGAUCUUCUUGAAAAUGCUGCCUUUGGUUUGGAGAUGUGUACUCCUGCUUUCCCUCAGUUUUUUGUGCUCAUUGGUGCUGUGGCUGGGGCCUCUCGCUCCGCUGCUUCACUGAUUCAGGCUUCUACCAGGAGCUGUUUCUUUGCUGGUUUUGCUGCUCAAAGGAAUUUUGCUGAGGUAAUUGCCAAAGGGGAAGUGCAAGGAAUGGCAAGCCGGUUUAUUGGUAUUGGGCUCGGUAUAGGAUUGGGUAACUGCAUAGGCUCAUCCACACCCCUUGUUCUUGCUUCAUUUUGUGUCUUGACUUGGAUCCACAUGUACUGCAAUCUGAAGUCAUACCAGUCCAUUCAAUUACGGACUUUAAAUCCUUAUCGUGCAAGUUUGGUUUUUAGUGAAUAUCUACUCAGUGGCCAGGCACCUCCAGUUAAAGAUGUCAAUGACGAGGAGCCACUAUUUCCAGCGGUACCCAUAUUAAAUGCAACUUUUGCAAACAAAACACAAUCAAUUGUUUUAUCAUCUGGAGCAAAAGACGCAGCCGCAGAAAUUGAACGUCGUCUGCAGCUUGGAUCCAAGCUUAGUGAAAUUGUCAACAGCAAGGAAGAUGUGCUUGCCCUCUUUGGGCUUUAUAAAAAUGAAGGGUACAUCUUGUCAGAACACAUGGGAAAAUUCUGUGUUGUGCUCAAGGAAAACUGUUCACAGCAAGACAUGCUCAAGGCACUGUUCCAGGUCAAUUACCUUUAUUGGUUAGAAAAGAACGCAGGAAUUGGAGGAAAAGGAACCCUGAAUGAUUCCAAACCUGGUGGGAAGUUGCAUAUAUCUCUGGUUUAUGUGGAAAGGGAAUUCAACCAUGUAAAAACUGAUGGGGAACUGGUAGGCUGGGUCACUGACGGGCUUAUUGCAAGGCCAUUGGCAAAUAGGAUUCGCACUGGCGACACAGCAUCCUCAAACUCAGUGAGUAGCUGA